GUUAAUUAUUAGUUAUUUUUUAUUAAAAAAACAUUUUGAGUUGUGAUUUUUAUUUUAUUUUUGAUAUUAUGUUAAAGACGUGUUUCGGAUGUUGUCCACUACGUCAUGGUGUCAGUGCGAUUGCCCUUAUAAACAUAAUUUGGAAUAUUACGGAAGGUUUUAAACACAUUGCACAUCGUAGAGAACAAUAUGAUCGAUAUGAUUGGGUUGAACAUUCAUAUGAUAAUUCUUCAAAUUCUACUGAUGACAAUAGCACUGCAGAACAUGAUUUAGAUUACUGGUCAGAUAUCGAAAAAAUACCUGUCAUGAGUGGAGUAUACAUGGACUAUAUAUUUAUAAUUACAGUCAGUUGGAUAGUUUUAGAAUUAAUUUCAAACUGCUGUCUCAAGCAAUCCACCUUCAAACGUGCUCCUCAAAAAAUCUACGCAUGGCUAGUGGUUUAUUACGCAAAUUUAUUAUUUAUGAUAUUGCACUUGGUCCAUUACAUAACAAUGAUGAUUCGACAUCCAAUUUUGGUAAAUUCGUUGUUAACAAUGAUAAGCCAAAAUUUUGGACCUUUUUUUGCGAAAUUGAUUUACAUAGUUAUUAUAAGUUUUGAGAUCACUAUAAUCCACUCAUACUAUAUUUUUGAAGAAAAAAAUAUGCUUAAUGACAUCAUACAACUCAAAUGGAAAUACGUAUCACGUGGACAAGUAGUGUCUAAAGGUGUCGAUUAUUCUUCGUCAUCGACUUUCAACGCAAUAACAUCAGGUCAAACCCAAGAAGGAUCUAGAAUACCACCGUACAUAACCAACAUUAUACAGAAUUAACUGACAUGUUUAAAAUAUGUUCCCAUGCCCAACAAAUAAAAUUGAAAAAACUCAUAUCAUGUUACA